GGGUGUGGUUUUUAGUGACGGAAAUAAGUGGGCUGCAGCCUGGCAAGAGCUAAAUGGUGCCCGUGCACUACAGUUCCUGGAUGGAGCCGCUUUCUUAGGGACGAGGCCGGGCUUCGUGUCUGAGCGCAGUCGGGAGAGUUAUUUCAAAAGUGCAUGGCGGCUGAAGUCUUCUUCUACCUUGGAGAUAUGUAGUGGUGACACUAUAAGAAGUAAUGAAAUCUUGGCUGUUCUACUUUGAAUUAUCUGGACAGUAUUCUGUUUUUGACAGUACUUUAUUUUUAAAGGCAUUUAAUCAUACAUUUUGAAUGGAAACUGCAAAGGCUGAUGAUGUCAAAAAAAUCUUCAAAAAGAAAGACAGCUCCAAAUAAAGAAAUUGACUGGGUGGAACCAUCUUUUAUUGAUUUCUGUGAGACUGCAAAACAGUCAUCUAGUGUUCGCCAUAAAAAGUCGCUCACAGAUACUGACAAUUAUCAUAAGAGCAAAGAACAUUUUUCUCGGCUUGAAAAUUAUAAGUGUGGGGGAAAAAUAAGAAAACCGUUUUCUGUAGAUGAGAAAUACAAACACUUCAAACAAAAUCACAGCCAAAUUGAACCAUGGGUAGAUAAAUACAAACCAAAAACUCAGAGUGACCUUGUCAUUCACAAGAAAAAAAUCGAAGAAGUUGAAAGAUGGUUAAAAGAUCACCUAUUUCAAAAUCAGCCAAGACAGGGAGGCUCCAUCCUAGUGUUAACUGGCCCUCCAGGAUGUGGAAAAUCGGCAACUGUGGAAAUAUUAGCUAAGGACCUUGGUAUUCAGAUACAAGAAUGGAUAAAUCCUGUAUCACUAGACUUCAAAAAACACGACGACUUUCAAGUUGCUUUUAAUCAUGAAUCGGCUUUUAAGAUACUUCCUUAUCCGAGCCAGGCAGCUAUAUUUCAAGAAUUUCUUCUAAGAGCAAACAAGUAUAUCAAGCUUCAGAUGGUUGGAGAGUCCAUGGAAACUGACAAAAGACUUAUUCUUGUGGAAGAUAUGCCAAACCAUUUUUAUCAUGACCCUAGCAGUUUACAUGACAUUCUGAGGAGUUUUGUGCGGACAAGCAGAUGUCCUCUUAUAUUUAUAAUAUCGGACAUUUUCAGCACAGGCAGCAGCCAAAGGUCUCUAUUCCCAAAGGCAAUUCAGGAAGAGCUGUGUAUAGCAACCAUUAGUUUUAACCCAGUGGCACCAACACUGAUGAUGAAAGCCCUAAAUCGAAUUAUCACAGGGGAGAUCAGUAUGAGAGGCCAUCAGAGAAAAGCUUAUGGUCACAAAGAAAGAAAAAUUCUGUUUUAAAAUGUGAUACAUCAUCUAAAAUAAAGAAAAAAACCUUAUUCAAUAAUUUUGUAGAGGACCAAAAAAUACCAGCUAUUGGUAGCAAGGAUGCUUCCAUAUUCCUUUUCCAUGCUUUGGGGAAAAUACUUUACUGCAAAAGAGAACCGGCCUCAGAGGUGGACUUUCAUCGGUUACCUCAUCAUUUAAUAGAAUAUGAACGACAGCCCUUGCUUGUUCAACCUGAGGAUGUCAUAGAAAAAUCACAUAUGCCUGGGGACUUAUUUAAUGUAUACCUUCACCAGAAUUAUUUGGACUUCUUCUCUGAUGUCGAUGAUAUUGUAAGAGCCAGUGAAUAUUUAAGUACUGCAGAUUUUCUUUGCACUAACUGGGAUGCACGAGCUACACUUCAAAAGUAUAGUGCCUCUGUAGCCACAAGAGGUGUGAUGCACUCAAAUCGAGCCAGAGCUUUUGCACAAUGCAAAAGAGGAUUGGGCUUUAGACCUCUUCAUAAACCACAAUGGUUCCUAAUUAAUAGAAAGUAUCAAGAAAACUGCUUUGCUGCAAAAUCCCUCUUUUCAAGUUUCUGUUUAUCACCAUUGUGUCUUCAGACUGAGCUAAUACCUUAUCUUACCAUGCUGACUAAUCCAAUGAGAAACCAAGCUCAGAUUACCUUUAUUCAGGAUGUUGGGAAACUUCCUUUAAGAAAUCACUUUGGAAGGUUGAAACUUGAAACUCUUACUGAUAAGGAUUCUGCAAUACAAAUCCUGGACAAUGAUGAUGAAGAGUUUUCCGAGAAGCAGCCAACAAUUCUGCAUGUCCGGGGGGAGAAAAUAAAAAACAGUAAGGAAAAUGAACUCGAUGAAUUCCUUCCUACUUCUAGUCAGUGUAAUGAAAAUGAACUACCAGCCAGUCAACCUCAGCCAGUUGCAGCACAAGCAAUAAUGGAAGCAGAUGACCUAAAUAUAGAAGAAUAUGACAGUGAAUAACAUGAAUAGGAAUUCCAAAGCUGUGAGAAUAUUUAAAUUAUAGUUUUACUUUUGUUUCAUAUUUUAUAUUCAAAUGUACAGGAAAGAUAGAAAUAGCUUUGUUAUUUCUGUAAGCUGUUAAAAUUUGUCAUGAAUAACAAUUAAUAUGGAGGAAAAUGAGUACAGAGUCUUUAUAUUUUUAAGCCUAUACUGAAAAGCUUCAGUUAAAACUCAAGGUUUUGCUUCUCAUCCAUACAGAAUAAUGGAAAUAAAUGAGAAGAAAUAUAUUUACUUUGAUAUUUUAUACUUGUAUUUAUCUUGUAGAUACUGAAGGCAUUGUCAACUAUUUUGUUACUGUUUCACAAGUUUAGAUAUAAAUUGCGAUGAUGAAACAUUGCACAAAAUGUUUAAUCUGGGCUGUGUAAUAUUUAAUAUGUAAAUAAGUCUCUGGAUGCCUUAAUAAUAAAUUGUAUCAUUAUACUUU